UAUUAAAAAAAAGCCUUAUAUUCCUUAACCCUUACUCAAAACAGUCAAGAAAAUCCGUUUCUAGAUCCACCUCCCUUUCCUCACACCCACAAAAACAAUCCAAAUCUUCUGCUUCAAGUUUGAACAACCCCCGAUUCCUCCACCGGCGUCACUCACAACCACCACCGUCACCAUGAUCAACGGUGACGCUACCUCAAAUCAAUCACCGGAAGAUGAAAUUGACCCCUUCUUACGAGGUUACAACCCUAGCGAUCUCCGAACUGCGUCGGAAUUUCUCUCCAAUUGGUUACCUUUCCUCUCUAAAGGCCUUUGCGACCACUGCUCUCAGUCCAUCUCCGAUCGCGUUCGAUCUCUUCAUCCAAUGGAGUACGAUACUGAAACUGAUCAACAACAACACCAAGAACACGAAGUAGAAGUUUCAACCCCAAAUCAUAGUGAUUUUAGCGGAAGCAUUGGCACUUCAGUCAACCAUGGUGGUUGUAAAGAUGCAACAACAGAUAACAACGACACUGAUGAUACAAAUUCCUUGGGUAGCUGGAAAGACGAUGGAAACGCUACACCUGAACAAAUUGAAGGAACAUCAGGAAGUGAGAAUACUCAAUCACCACAAAACUUUAAACCCCCAAAACCACGAAUGUCAUGGGCUGACAUGGCACAGGAGGAUCUAGAAGCCGAGGAAGAAGAAGAAACCAAUGGGCAAUUUGGUAAUUUCACUAGUAGCCAAACGGAAGAAACCGGGUCAGAGACAAAAACAACCCGAAAACCAGGGUUGUCAAGAGAACAAAGGGAACGUAUUCGUUUCACAAAUGUCAAAAGGAAGAAAGAUUUUAUUUGCUUAGAGAGAGUCAAUGGCAAAAUCGUAAAUAUCCUCGAUGGGCUCGAGCUUCAUUGUGGUGUAUUCAGUUCGGUUGAACAGAAUCGGAUAGUUGACUUUGUUUAUGAGCUUCAAGAGAAAGGAAAAAAUAAAAAAUUAAAAGAUCGAACGUAUACCGCGCCUCAAAAAUGGAUGCGAGGAAAAGGCCGCGUCACUAUUCAAUUUGGAUGUUGUUACAACUACGCAACGGAUAGGAAUGGGAAUCCACCGGGGAUAUUGCGAAACGAGCUAGUGGACCCCAUUCCUCCACUUUUUAAAGUGAUAAUAAAAAGAUUAGUGAAGUGGCAUGUGCUUCCUCCAACAUGUGUACCCGAUAGUUGCAUAGUGAAUAUUUAUGAUGAAGGCGAUUGUAUUCCACCUCAUAUUGACAACCAUGAUUUUGUUCGCCCUUUUUGCACGGUUUCUUUUCUAAGUGAAUGCAAUAUUUUAUUUGGAACAAAUUUGAAAGUUGAGGGGCCCGGGGAGUUUUCUGGUGCCAUUGCAAUUUCUUUACCGGUCGGAUCGGUUCUUGUGUUAAAUGGGAAUGGAGCUGAUGUGGCGAAACAUUGCGUGCCAGCUGUUCCUACUAAAAGGAUUUCUAUUACAUUUAGAAAAAUGGACGAAUCAAAAUGGCCAGGCGGGUUUGUUCCAGAACCGGAUCUUCAAGGACUUGAACCGCUUUCAUACGAACCGGGUCGACCCGCACCCACACCCACGGGUGGUGGUCUGAACCACACCAGAUCACACCCUUCAAAUAGACAAGAUUUUAGAAGAGAUGAUCAUCAUACAAGGAACAAUAAUAGCUCAAGAGGAUUACGGGCCCCACAGGGCCGGGUUUAUGGUCAAACCAGAUAUCAAGGUCAAAGUCAAAGUCAAGGUCAAGGUCAAGGUCAAGGUCCAAUUCCUGGUAAUAAUAGAAGGAAGACUAGGGUAGAGUAUUGAGUAUCGAUACUAUUGACUUGAUUUUGAUGGAGAGUUGAUUGAUUGAGUACAUAUUAUGUGUGUUAUUCUUAUUCAAAUGUGAUUUUGAGUGAAAAUAAACAUGUUUUUGAUUUUUGUUUUGUAAAUGUGUUGUGUAAAAUCAUGUUUUGAUUGUUGAGUUUGUAUACUGUGGUUGAGUUUAUUGGUUUGAUUUUGAAAGAUGAAGGUUGAUGAUUGAAAAUAA